CCCCGUAAGCCACGGCGGCCGCAGUCCCAGUGCUCGUCGUCGUCGGCCACACAACGAUACCAACACCACCGCCACCGACGCGAACAGCCCGCACGCCAUCACCGCAACACUGGUCACAAGAUGUACAACACGGCGGCCGAAGUGUACGGCGAUAACGUAUUAACCACUGUUGGCCAGAAUCGCGUACCGCCGCUGAUGGACGCGACGCCACGCAAUAGUCGACUCCCGCCGCACAUACAUCACACGCCCGGCCGAUCCGUUCGGCCCCCGUUUGGCAUUCACUCCAAGAGUAACGAACCGCUGAUUGAUUUACUUCUGGAGCAAAAGUUAUCGCAAAUAAAGUGCACAUUAAGUGAAAGCGAUUCAAACAAUUCAUACAAAACUAAUUCGUUGACAAAGAAAUACAACUAUAAUAGCGCUACCAAUAGUAAACCCCUUCUGAACCGGAAGUCCAGUGCCAUCAGUGAUGAUAUGACAGCGCCGGACGAUAGGGUGAGCGCCGCCAUUAGGCGUACGACCAGCGAUACCACCGUCGAUACGAUGAGCCGCACAUUGACUUCGGAGAAGAUGUAUAGCGAGUCGACGACAAACGGUGGUCUCUGUAGCGGUGGUGCAGGUGAUAAAGAGGAUCUGCACUCGCGGGCCAUAUUACGUGCAAUAGUGGGCUAUUUGGGUACCAUUGAGACACCGGUGGACAGUCAUAUCGACGCCAAUCUCAUCAAAGACUGCAUCCGACGUAUAAGAGUGGAGAACAAACACCAAACGACCACUUUGUUAGCCAUAUAUCAGGAGAGCAUUCAAUUGGUGAACAUCAGGGGCCGUACGAUCGCACAGUUCGCCGCCGAUAGUCUCAAG